GAAGGAGGCUUUCCCAGCUGCGCGGGAAGGAGGGCACCGGCGUUCGGCUCCGCACGUGGCACCUCUGUGUCUCUGUGACCCUGCUCUCUCUUUUGGGCAGCUUCUGCAGCACCUGAAGCGAAUAAUCUCAGACCUGUGCAAGCUCUACAACCUUCCCCAACAUCCAGAUGUUGAAAUGUUGGACCAGCCUCUGCCGGCGGAACAGAGCGCCCAGGAGGAAGUGUCCUCUGACGAGGAAGAUGAGGAGAUGCCAGAGGACAGUGAGGACCUGGAUCACUAUGAGAUGAAAGAGGAAGAGCCAGCAGAUGGAAAAAAGACAGAGGAUGAAGGCAUUGGGAAGGAAAACCUCGCCAUUUUAGAGAAAAUAAAAAAGAACCAGAGGCAAGAUUACUUAAAUGGUGCAGUGUCUGGGUCUGUGCAGGCCACCGACCGGUUAAUGAAGGAGCUCAGGGAUAUUUACCGAUCACCAAGUUUCAAAGGCGGGUACUACGCGGUGGAGCUGGUGAACGACAGCCUCUACGAUUGGAACGUCAAGCUCUUGAAGGUUGACGAGGACAGCGCUUUGCACAACGAUCUGCAGAUCCUCAGAGAGAAGGAGGGGACAGAUUUCAUCCUCCUCAACUUCUCCUUUAAAGAUAAUUUUCCUUUCGACCCGCCGUUCGUGAGGGUCGUGUCCCCUGUGCUCUCGGGGGGGUAUGUCCUGGGUGGCGGUGCCAUCUGCAUGGAGCUGCUUACAAAGCAGGGCUGGAGCAGCGCGUACUCCAUCGAGUCGGUGAUCAUGCAGAUCAGCGCCACGCUCGUGAAGGGGAAGGCGAGGGUGCAAUUCGGAGCCAACAAGAACCAGUACAGCCUCACAAGAGCCCAGCAGUCCUACAAGUCCCUGGUGCAGAUCCAUGAGAAAAACGGCUGGUACACGCCGCCCAAGGAGGACGGCUAGCGCCGUGCCCAGGCGCUGCAGCACCGGCUCCGUCCUCUUCUGAAUGCUCCACUUGGAUCCUGAGAUGCCUCUCUGACUCUCUCCGGGAUGUAAUAGCUCUGCCUGUUGCAGGAAUAACGGCUGUUAUAAACUCUAAAGAAACUGGUUAAGCAGUUGGACUGACCUAAAACACUCGCUGGACCCUUGCUAGCAGGCAUUCUUAUUAAAACAAACUUUUGAGCCUCUUGUAUCGCUGGAAACUUUCAACUCUACUCCAGUCUAGAGCAUCCUCCUUAUCUAUGCUAUGGAUUUAAUUUAUUUUCUUAUUUCAUGUACACUGCUUUUUUUUGUUACAGUGUAUGAUGGAUGUGUAUGGAAAAUGUAUCUUUGGAGAAAAAUUACAGUUUGUUAAUUUGAA